UAGAUGCCUCUCUGAGGAAAGCUACGCCCUGGCUGGUUCUUGCUGGUACUGGUCCAGCUGCAGACCUUAUCAGUGAGCUGCUGGACAAUCUCUCCUCUAAUGGGGCAGAGGUGGGACCGAAGGAAACAAAGGGCGACGGUCUCAGCACAGAGCACCGCGACUGGGUUCGUGACAAGGUCCGGAGACACUUCCCAGGUGAAGCUGAGCUGGAGAAAAUGGUUGAUAGGGCUUUGAGUAUUUAUAAGAACAGAGAACUGGUCACUGUUUUCAACGGAGAACAGGAGGGUUCUGAUGAUUUUGAUACAGUUCUCCUCAAAGCCCUUGUUAAAGCUAGUAAAUAUGUGGCCAGUAAUGCCAGUGAGUACACUGAAGAGCUGAAACUGGCCGUGGCUUGGGACCGGGUGGACAUCGCCAAAACUGAGCUUUUCAAUGGAGGCAUACAUUGGAAGUAUGAGGACCUCGAAGACUCCAUGACAGAUGCACUGAUCAACAACAAGCCCCAGUUUGUGCGCCUCUUCUGUGAGAAUGGUCUGAAUAUCCUGGACUACCUGACAUACGGCCGCUUGGAAGGCUUGUACCGCUCGCUGUCAGACAGCUCAGUGGCCUAUGAUCUGCUCCAGAAGCAUCUGAGCGACAGGCAGGGCCUGGCUGGAUCCUUGCACAACCUAGAUGGAGCUAAGACAGAGGAGGGGAUACCUCUGAAGAGUCCGAGUGCACCAAAUGGACACGCCCCAGCAAUGGAGCUCAACCUGUAUCAUGUAUCCCGCCUGCUGUGGGACCUGUUGGGUGAUGUCUGUCAGCCUUUCUACUAUGGACCUCUGGGCCUUGACUACAAAAUCAGCACCAGGAGGGCUCUCAAGCACGUCAAUAAAAUGCUGGUGGGGGACUGUUCCUACCGGGAUCAGAGCUGUGCCUCGCCCUGGGCAGCGCUCUUCAUCUGGGCCGUCCUGCAGAACUACAGUGAAAUGGCUGUUUACUUCUGGGAGAUGACAGGGGAGUCUGUGCUGAGCGCUCUGGGGGGUUGCAAGAUGCUGAGGGAGCUUUCUAAGCUUGAGAGUGAGACUGAGAGCAAGCUGGCCAUGAAGGAACUAGCACAGAAGUUUGAGGACCUGGCACAUGAUGUAUUGGGUGAGUGUUACCAGAACAGCGAGAGUCGCUCCUUCACACUCCUUAUAAAGAAGUCUUCAGUGUGGGGUGGGGCCACGUGCCUGCAGAUGGCCACUGCAGCUGACGCCCGACUGUUCUUCAGCCACGAUGGUGUUCAGUCUCUGCUGUCACAGAUCUGGUGGGGUGACAUGGAGAGGAGUACUGAGGUCUGGAAACUGGUUCUCACCUUCUUCUUGUCCCCGAUCAUCUACACAGACCUUAUUAAAUUCAGGGAACAAGAAGAGGAUGUUAAGUCUGUGGAUGUUCACCAUGCCAGAGACUCUGACAGUCUGGAUGGGCAUGACGCCAAUGCCUUCUCCAUUGCUGACACAACACAAAAUGACGAAGAUGUUGAAGACAUCAGCCCUGAAAAAGAAAACCUGAAAGACUCUUUGCCAUCCAACUCGAAGAGACCAUUUAUUGUGUCACGGUGGAGACAGUUCUGGUUUGCCCCUGUCACAUCAUUCCUUGGCAAUGUGCUGAUGUACUUCCUCUUCCUCUUCCUGUUUGCCUACGUUCUACUGGUGAACUUUAAGCCCCCGCCACCUGACGGCCCUUCCCCUCUGGAGUUUGUGCUUUACUUUUGGGUUUUCACCUUAGUAUGUGAAGAGAUUCGGCAGACCUUCUUUGUUGGCAAUGCGUAUGUGCUCCAGAGUAUGAGGAACUACAUCCAGGACGUGUGGAACAAGUGUGACCUCACAGCCCUCGGCCUCUUCACUUUGGGUCUGUGCUGCAGAAUGUUUCACUGGUCAUAUGAGUUUGGCCGAGCUGUGAUGGCAAUAGAUUUUAUGGUCUUCACACUACGUCUGAUCCAUAUCUUUGCCAUCCACAAACAGCUUGGGCCCAAGAUCAUCAUUGUUGGCAAAAUGAUGAAGGACGUUUUCUUCUUCCUUUUUUUUCUGGCUGUGUGGCUCGUGGCCUAUGGAGUGGCCAAUCAGGCACUGCUCUACUCGUAUGAUCCCCGCCCUACCUGGAUAUUCCGCAGAGUGUUCUACAGACCAUACAUGCACAUUUUUGGACAAAUACCCAUACAUGAAAUGGAUGCUGAUAAAUUGGAGGAAGGAAACUGUACAAAUGAUGCCACACUAAUUGAAGCCGGUGAGGAGCCCUGUCUGAACACCUUCGCCAACUGGCUGGUUGUCAUCCUCCUUGUCAUCUACCUGCUCUUCACCAACAUAGUAUUGGUCAACCUGCUCAUUGCUAUCUUCAGCUACACCUUCUCCAAAGUACAGGAGCGCAGUGACACCUACUGGAAGUUUCAGCGUUACAACCUGAUUGUGGAGUACCACUCGAGGCCCUGCCUGGCACCACCCUUCAUUAUCAUCUCACACCUCCACCUUAUCAUCAAGAGAUACAUCCGCCGCAUCCCUUCUGUCAAGAGCAAACACUUUGUUCUGGAGUUACAGGACAGGAAGUCCAGCGGCCUUAUCACAUGGGAGGCUAUCCACAAAGAAAACCUCCUCUCAGCUCAGAAAAAGCGGGAGAGGGAGAGUGACUCAGCACGGCUUAAACGUACAUCUGUCAAGGUAGACAGCGUGCUUAAGCAGAUGGCAGAGGUCCGGGACCACGACCGAAGGCUGCAGCUGCUGGAGAAAGAGCUGGAGUACUGCUGCAGUGCCCUCUCCUGGAUGACAAAUGCUCUGUCUCAGAGUGAUCUGAUAAAGGCCGGCCACGCCCCCUCCGCUCCUCAGAGAUCUGAAUCCAAGCUGACUCCUUGAACUCCAGGAACACACACACACACACACACACACACACACACACACACACACACACACACACACACACACACACACAGUUUACUCAGGGCCAUUGUGUCAAAGAGCACCUUCUAUGCUAUUCUUAUUAUUAUUAGGGGUCCAAGCCCAAGGUGGCUGGGGGCUCCCAGUACCAAACGUGCUGGGAACUCUAUUGAAAUUGCUCCACAUCCACUUUUGUUGCCAAAUCAUAAAAGAUAUGCUAAAAGAAUUCUCCCAAGCAAAUGAUCUACAUGUUAUCCAAUCUCUGUGCUGCUUUCCACCUGUAACUUUCAUCACACCAAUGAGACUACGGGUCCGACUUGCCCCGCCUCAGUGGGGCCGCCAGGUGCGGCUUGUGCCAGGGGGCUUGGAUCUCAUUUAUACCUGCUUGCAGGUCUAGUUUCCUUUGUUUUACUUUGUUGAUUUCAGAUAUGUUGUUUGACGUGCAUUUUAAUUAGAACAAAUAGUAUGCUGAGGUAAAAAAGAUUUAACUUUUUUUUUAAAGUGCCGACAUGCUUUGCUGUCUGCUACAGUGCCUGUUUGGAUCCUACCACUACGAGUUGCCAAAGUCUGAAAUGUUCAAAUCUUACACAAGUAGGGCAUUGAAUGUUAAAUAGAGCCUUAAGCCCCAUAUGUGACCAGCAAGUGCCUAGUUAUUAUGUCUGCUAAGUAAGGUGAUUAUUAUUUUGUUAAAUAGAAUACUGUUACGUGAUCAUAACCUUUUCGGGAGAGAGCAACCUGCCUCAUUAACCUCAUUACAAAUCAAUAUUUUUAUAUUAACAAUGGAUCGAAUGUAGCCUCUUUUAGCUCAUUGUUUUGGCUUUGGUUUCCAUUCUUACUGCUUUCCAGCAGCUGUUUUCAGUAAAAACGAAAUAAACCGGGGCCCUUUCCUGCAUGUCAUCCCCUCUC